UCAUGUGACCUUUUACACUUUCACUUUCAUUUUUCAGACUGUUGAUACUUAAAUCAGGCUUCAUCGCAAUCUGUAAGGACGCGGGCAAGACUGAAGACAUCAAAGUGGUUUAAUAUGUCUGAAGAUAUAAAUCAAAAGAAAUUCACUCCAUUCGACAAAGGCAUCAAACUGGUUUCAAAACCAAAUGAUAUUGAUGAAUAUGAUGAUGAUCCGAGUGUUUUAAGGGCUGAGCUAUCCUGUGGUCACGUUACAGAUCCAGAGACACUGACUAACUGUUGCAAGGCUCAACUGGACAAGGGACGGACUGAAUUCAAAUGUCCUCUGUGCGUGAAAGAAUGGCCAUAUAAUGAAGUGCGAAAAUUGGCAAAACUCACAGUUGAUGAGCAAUCCAGUUUUGAGGAAAAGCUUGGGACAAACACUGUUAAAAUCUUAUUGGACUUUAGGGAUUGUCCAGGCUGUAGCACUUUAAUCGAAAGGUCGGAUAAUUCCAAUCUCUGUGUGUUGUGCUCAGUUUGCACAGCGACUAACAAAAAAACAUAUGAAUUCUGUUGGAGGUGUAUGAGAGAGUGGAAAGGACCUCAAACUCAUGCUGAACAUUGUGGAAAUGAAGGAUGUUGCAUUGAUGAGAAACUGCUGAAAGAGUGCCCAAUGAUUACUUUACAAUAUUUUGAACAAGAUUUUUUUGAUGCAGUUGUGAAGUGUCCAAAACUCAGAAAAUGCCCAUAUUGUGACACAAUGAUUGAACAUGCUAAUGAAGGAUGUAAUAACAUGCCAUGCCCAGAUUGUAACACAGAGUUUUGCUUUAUUUGUUUAAAUCCUGCACAUGACUAUGACUAUGAAUGUCCAUGUACACUCGCACCAAAGCAGAUAAAAACCGUAUUGUAGCAGUGGUAACUAUUUUAAGAGUUAAUUGAAAGGCUGUCUUCCUUUUUUUUUUUUUCACAAAAAAUACAGAUAAUUAUUUACUAUUUGUUUCUUUCGAGAUUUUGAAAUUUUUUAAUUUGAACAUCAUACAACAUUAUUACACUGGUCCAUCUUGUAAACUAUUGAGUUAAUGAUUUUUUUCUUCAUGAUUAUGUCCAUAAUAAAAAAAUGCUUGGAUUGCAUAACCUAACUAUGAAAUAAAGAGUUGAUGUAACCACA